GCGUUACCUGGUCCCGGGCAGCGGAGUUCUUUACCCACCCCAGUUCUGGUUCUGACGCCCUAGCUCAUUCCGCAAAUUUAGGGCUUGGGUCUGGCUUGUUCCCCUCCCGCUCGAACCACCUCUUCUCUGAGCCGAGCCAGCUACCGGGGCUCCUGGAAUUGCCACCCCUCCGUGGGCACCCUUGAGGCCUCCGUGGGGGGACGUCACGGGGCAGAGCGGGACGUGAGCCUGAGUUUGCUGCAGGCGUGCUCUGUGUGAUGGCUGGGUGAGUUGUGAGUAUGUGCGUGGCGGAGGGGGUGCCUUCUUCGCUUGCAUCCUCCUCCUCUGUCAGAAGGUGUCUCUGGCUACCCAGUUCUGGAAUGGUCGCAGGGUGGGGCAGCUGGUCCCAGGACGGGAAGAAUCCUAAGAAUCCUUCUGAUGCACUUGCUCGGAUGCAGACCGCGAGGUUCCUGGGGUCGUCUGCCCCUCCACAUCUCAGGGGUGGGGCUAUGGUCUGGGGUGCAGGGCUAGGGGUUGGGAGCGUAAGGAGACCAGGGACACAAUGGAGCUAGGGGUUACAGAGGGGGAGCAGGGAGAGGGUUGGGGACAUAGAAGGGGCACAGGCACGACAGGAACGGGGCUGUGAAGUGAUGCGAAUGCCGCGCUGCUACAAGAGGAGCUUGUGGAUACUGGGGUAGGAGCCCAGGGGGACAAGCAAGCCAAAGGCCAUUGCCAAGGCAGCCAUCAAGUAAACAAGCCAGGCGGUAACCCGAGUCCCUCCCGGCGCGCCAGCAGAGGACUGCCCCUCCACACCGCCCACCUGCGCCCGGGGCUUUCUCUCUGGGCACCUAGACCGCUUGCUGCAGGGCUGGGGGUCUGCUGAGGCCCGCCAGGGGACUGUAAACAAAGGGAGCAGCGCCCGCGGCUCCAGCCCCUCCUCCCUUUGGCUGGGGAGGGGGCCAGAACUGAUCCCCGAGGUGGGAUUGGCUCUGGGAAGCAGCUUAGGGCCUGGCAGGUGGCCCAGGCUGGGGGCAUCGCCUCGAAUGACACCCACUGCCCCCACGUUCUGCCAAUCCCCGUGCCCACUGGGUGGGCGCGGCCGGGAAGCUCCUGCCCCUCCCUGCUGGUCGGCGUCACGCGUGACGUCCCGCGUGAUGGCUGGGAGGGCCUGGCGGCGACAGCGGAGGCAGAGAGGAAGGCGGUUCUGAGAGCUUCAGAGAGCUAUGGAAAGCAAAAUGGGUGAAUUGCCUUUAGACAUCAACAUCCAGGAACCUCGCUGGGACCAAAGUACUUUCCUGGGCAGAGCCCGGCACUUUUUCACUGUUACUGAUCCUCGAAAUCUGCUGCUGUCCGGGGCACAGCUGGAAGCUUCUCGGAACAUCGUGCAGAACUACAGGGCCGGCGUGGUGACCCCAGGGAUCACCGAGGACCAGCUGUGGAGGGCCAAGUAUGUGUAUGACUCUGCCUUCCAUCCGGACACAGGGGAGAAGGUGGUCCUGAUUGGCCGCAUGUCAGCCCAGGUGCCCAUGAACAUGACCAUCACUGGCUGCAUGCUCACAUUCUACAGGAAGACCCCAACCGUGGUGUUCUGGCAGUGGGUGAAUCAGUCCUUCAAUGCCAUUGUUAACUACUCCAACCGCAGUGGUGACACUCCCAUCACUGUGAGGCAGCUGGGGACAGCCUAUGUGAGUGCCACCACUGGAGCUGUGGCCACAGCCCUGGGACUCAAAUCCCUCACCAAGCACCUGCCCCCCUUGGUCGGCAGAUUUGUGCCCUUUGCAGCAGUGGCAGCUGCCAACUGCAUCAACAUCCCCCUGAUGAGGCAGAGAGAGCUGCAGGUGGGCAUCCCGGUGGCUGACGAGGCAGGUCAGAGGCUUGGCUACUCGGUGACUGCAGCCAAGCAGGGAAUCUUCCAGGUGGUGAUUUCAAGAAUCUGCAUGGCGAUUCCUGCCAUGGCCAUCCCCCCACUGAUCAUGGACACUCUGGAGAAGAAAGACUUCCUGAAGCGCCGCCCCUGGCUGGGGGCACCCCUGCAGGUGGGACUGGUGGGCUUCUGCCUGGUAUUUGCAACCCCCCUGUGCUGUGCCCUAUUCCCCCAGAAGAGCUCCAUACACAUGAGCAAGCUGGAACCAGAGCUGAGAGCUCAGAUCCAUGAGCAAAACCCCAGCGUUGAAGUGGUCUACUACAACAAGGGGCUUUGAGGAGGGUCAGCCUCUGUCCCCUCCCUCACUUCCUUGGGCUGCUGCUUUAGUGGAGUCAUGUCACCCCUACCACUUGGCUAUCUGCCUAGCACUGGGCAGGGGCCUUGGUGGGCAGAUGGCAAUUGAGGGUAGCAACCUAUUAGGGUGGGGGAGGGACCUCCAUAAGGCUUUUCCUCCCUUCUCUGGUUUCAAAGAUCAGAGCACAUAACCCCUCCUGUGCUUGAGUGUCCAUGCAUAUACAUACAUGAUACACAUGUGUAUGUGUACAUUGGGUCCUGAAAGCUAGAAGCAGGCAUGCUAGCCUAGUAUGUUCUGACAUCUGGCUUCCCUUCUCAGCCUCAUGUCCGCCUGCCUGCCAGCCAGGCUACAGGUGGGACUUCCUUCUCUAAACUGUUACACCAGCCAAGUUAUUUUUGAUGGCACCUCAUCCCUUCUAGACAUAGGAGGAGCCCCAGGAUCUCAGGACAGAGACUGAUAGACACUAGUAGGACAAAGUGGGCUGAAUCCUUCAGGUUUCUGAUACCUAGCUCCCCAAGCUGACUGGGCUGGCAGAGGAGAACAUGUUGGGACAAGGGAGGCAGGGGACUUAUGCAUCCCUCAGUGCCAUCCCUUGUAUCCUGGAAUAGCUCCAUUUCCCCUCCUCCUCUCUACCAGACAAAGGAGUGCCUGUGUCCUGUACUGCCCUCGCUGUCUCCCCCACCACCCUACUCGACAGCGUGGGCAUCUUCAGGCACAGCCUUGGGAGUUCCUGGUGUGCUCUGACAUCAUGACCUCAAAUCUAAAUCCUCCAAUCCCAACUCCCUUUCCCAAACAAAAAGCCACAGAGGCAGAGCAAGCAUUCCCCUUUAAGAGCUUCCACUGCACCCCCUCCCAACGGACACAGCUGUAGGAAUGGUGCUUAAACUCCACAGGUAUCAGAGAGGGUGUAACUAGGACAUCCUCAAGGGCAGCUAGGCCCCGAAUGUACAAUGUUAAGACAGGGAAUUUUGUGUUCCAUUGACUUUUUUUUUUUUUUUUUGAUGGAGUUUCACUAUUUUGCCCAGGCUGGAGUGCAAUGGUGCGAUCUUGGCUCACUGCAACCUCUGCCUCCUGGGUUCAAGUGAUUCUCUUGCCUCAGUCUCCCGAGUAGUGGAAAUUACAGGUGUGUGCUACCACAUCUUGCUAGUUUUGUAUUUUUAGCAGAGAUGGGGGUUUCACCAUGUUGGCCAGGCUAGUCUCGAACUCCUGACCUCAGGUGAUCCACCUGCCUUGGCCUCCCAAAGCGCUGGGAUUACAAGCAUGAGCCACCGCGCCCAGCCUGUUCCACUGACAUUUCUUAGACAUUCAGCAAAACCCCCACCUUAACCUCUUUUCUUUCUUGAGGGUUGGUCCUGUCCCCACCUCCACCCUCCCACCCCCUGGAAGAGGAAGGGCCCGGGCAUCAGUGGCUAGUCCAAAUAAAAUAUGGGCUUGGGGAUGGAAUGGGUGGUGGUAAGUUCACAGAGUGUAGUUAGAUCCCAACUCCCAUGACCUCUGGCUUCAGUGGUGGGUGGGGCAGGGCAGAUGAAAGGGCUUCAGUGGGAACCUCUGAGAGCAUUUUCCUGUUCCCCCUAUCAACCGCCCCCAGUGAUAACAUCUGUGAAGCCAGCCAUUACUCAAUAAACUGCAAAAUUGUCUA